AUGGGCUGGACGGGCUGCUCUCCUCCUCGCGUGGUCGGAGGCUGCCUCCGUCUCUACGCCCACCAAUCAGCGUUCACUGAGCCAGAGCCUGAGGGCCACAACUGCUAUGAGUCAGAUCCUCUACUUACCACCAAGAGAGUGGAGGACAUCGCCCUGAGGCUCGUUCCCUGCCGCCAGGCCUUCACUGUUGAGACGAGGCCGAAUUCAUCCGUGCCUAUAAACGACUUUGUGGACUACCUGAGUGACCCCUCCAAGAAGAUUGACAUUGAGAGGGAGCUGGCUGAGGCAAAGAUCCAUCAUGUUAACCUGAUAGAUGUCCUCUUUGAACUGGUGAUGUUUGGGAUGAUGACAGCUCAGAAGUCCCUGAUGGUGCACCCUGGUGGGUUCAUGGAGCGUCUGUACGCUCUCCUGUACUCCUUCCUGCCCGCUGCUGCCAGCAUUGAGCCAAAGGCUGAGAGAUACCUGCUGCUGCUCAAUGGUGGGCUGAUGGCUCUGCUAGAUGACAUGUUUGGGCAGCAGCUGGCCUGGUACUUUAACCCAGUGUCUCUGGUCACUGAGCUCUCCAGACUCCUGGAGUACCACCUGGAAACCUCAUGGCCAGAUUCUUGUGACACUUUGCCACUAACAGGGAUCUAG